AUGUCCCCAGAUCCGUCCCCAGAUCCGAAACCAGAUGUAUUCACUUACUCCGACUUUAACUUGGAAGCUCUGUGUCGUCGAGCAAGCGCACUACGCCAAGGUGUUCCAUGUGUUUGCACUCCGGAUCAACGUCCUGCCUCAGGAAGCUUCAACUGGGCUAUCUUUAUUACAUUUACAGAUGGGAUACGAUGGGUCUUUAGAUCUCCACACCCCAGAACAUUCAUGCCAAUGGAAAUGGGCAUGAAGCUACUGGCCAGUGAAGCUGCCACGCUGCGAUACCUCAGGGCUCAUAGCGACAUUCCAGUCCCAAUAGUAUACGACUACUGUGCUUCUUCCGACAACGAUAUCAGUAUCCCAUUCAUUCUCAUGAGUGAAGCGCCGGGGUGGCCACUCUCCAAAGUUUGGAGACUGGCCGGUUCUCCUCAAGGUGACCUAGACACAUCUGCCAAGGAAAGAGUUCUCGCACAGUUGGGCGGCAUUACCUGGAAGCUCUCACAGAUGCGCUUUGAGAAAAUUGGCUCACUCUUCGAAGAAGAGGGGUCCUUUCAAAUCAAGGAAUGUCUCUCACGUGGCCACAUGUUACAUGAACGAUACGAUCUGGAGACCUCGCGCGGGCCUUUCACUUCUGAGGCAGAGUUCUGGGACAGCCUUAUUUCUGCGUUCUUGAAGCAUGCAGAGGUUCUGCAGUUAUCGCAUCAUUGCUUCGUUGCACCUGUUCCCUCGCCUGAAAAUUAUCAAUCUUCCAUGCAAUACAAGAGUGCUGUGAGCCUAUGGAACGACUUCGUGACCGUUGGACGCAAAAUCGACUCAUCAGAGAACAGACUGGAUUACAUUAUUGUAGGCGAUGCUCUCCGCGACAUUGUACGCAGACAUCAACUUCCAGCCAUCAUUCCAGUGACUUUUCCAUUGUGCCACGCUGAUCUGAGUGUCAAUAAUAUCUACGUUGAUGACGACUACAAUAUCACGUGCAUCAUUGACUGGGCAUUUACUUCAUCCAUUCCCGAAUCUAUGUUGUUAGCCGCCCCAGGGUUACCACAAUAUCGCGAUGAAAUCAGUUCAGAGUUACGCACCUCCUUUAUUAAUGGUUUCAUUGCUGCCAUGCCCGAAUCAGUCGGAAAGAGCUUGAUCCAGAGGUAUCGCGAAUCACUUGAUCGGACCCAAGUCGCCUGGAGAUUGAGUCGCCUUCUCAGCCUUGACUCUAUUGCUGACUAUGACCUCUUUGCUACUGUAUGGCACUUUGCAUGUGGUCCUGAAGAUGAUGUGGGACAAUAUCUUCUACAACAGCGGUGUUCGCCUCAAUACGUUCAGCUUUAUAGUGAAAUUCAGAAAGAGGAUCAGCAACCCUCAAAAAUUGAGAAGGAUGAAAAAGACUACUUUCACGACAAGGUUCUCAGAUACACAAUCGCAAAGAAGCUGACGGUUAUGUCCGAAUGGAAAACCCAAUAUGCCAUCAAUGAUCCGCCGAGGCUUCGUAAAGACAUAUUUGUCGCCUCCCCCAAGCUAUGGAAGUGGAUCCAACAAUUCAUGCGGGACUGGGAAGACAUAUCAUGACGUGUUGAGCUAAGAUCUCAACCGAAUGCGCUCAACUGGGACUUCCCACAGUUCAUAGAGAAGAAUACCGUUUGCAAUAUGGUGCUCGAUGUACUUGAAUCAAUUGUGCCUUCGCGCCAUUCACUCUCUGCAAUAGCUUAGAUGAUGCCUCAGUACAAACGGAAGAUAUUAAUGUGACGCACUGCCUUCACGACAAUACCAGACUUCGUCACCUGCGACGUAGUAUGGUUUUUUGGAUGAGCCAGCUGGUGGGGUUGGAAGGUCCGGUGGGGUCGAUGGCUGGGGACGUCUCCGAGGCAUGGUGUUCAAUGCUGCAGGUAUUUCAGAGUUAUUUUCAGAGUUGACAGGCUCUGAUUGAGACAAGUCCAUGGUCUUCGAGCAUUUAUAUUCAUGUUGGCACUGGCCACCUGAAACAUUUCCUCCCACAAAUACGCUACCAGGGGUUGGGCGUGAGACGCUGCAGCCACUUAUCCAUUGGUUGGCGGCACCCCAUUGUAAAGGGGGGCGUACGUGCGUUGUUCCCUGCGACAGGAACCGGGUUGUGAUCGAGGGAUCUCAGGGACGGACACACUGAACAAUCUAAUAAGGAAAUGAUAUAAUAAAGAAGAAACACAACGACGAAGGAGCCUCGCUCCGUUCUAUACGAUGAUAGCAAUACCAGUGAAGCAACCUAGAAACACAAAGAAUGCUCGAUUUCUCAUAACUAUCUGGGAGGGAACCCUCCAUUAAGUACUCACCGGCCGCGGGCUCCACCAUACAUU